AUGAGCUCUUUUGCUCAGAGGAAUGAUUGUUACCAUAAUGUAAAAAACAAUGUGCUGAAUGACGGAAUAGCCUCUGGCAAUAUGGCCAUGGGACUGAUGUUCUUAUCACGGAUCAUUGUUGGAAUUCUGGGAAAUUUGUAUCAGCUUCAUUACUAUCUAGUCUUUUCCUGCAAUGAGUGCACAUUAAGGUCCACUGAUCUGAUCCUUAAGCACUUGAGUGUAGCCAACUGCCUCAUCAUUCUCUCUAAUGGAGUUGCCAGUACAAUCACAGCUUUAGGGUUAAAAUACUUCUUCAGUGAUUUUGGAUGCAAACUUAUUUUGUACCUUCAGCGAGUGGGCAGGAGUGUGUCCAUUUUCAUCACCUGCCUCUUGAGCGUCUUCCAGAACAUCACCAUCAGCCCCAUGAACUCCUGUUGGAAGGAUCUCAAAGUAAGAGCUCUCAAGUACAUUGGCUUCUCCAUUUCCCUCAUCCUGUACUUGGUGAUGAAUUCCAUUUUUCCUCUCUAUGUACUUGGCAAAUGGAGUAGUGAAAACCUAACAGAGAAAAGAGAUUUUGGGUACUGUAGUUCUGGAGGUCGUGAUAAAACCACAGACUCAUUAUAUGCAGCCUUAUUUGUAUUUCCUGAAGUUGUCUUUUCCGUGCUCAUGAUCUGGUCCAGUGGCUCCAUGGUUCUCCUUUUGUACAGGCACAAACAGAGGUUUCAGCACAUUCACAGCAUCAAAGUUUCUCUCAGAUUGUGCCCUGAGUCGAAAGCCACCCAGAGAAUCCUUGUCCUGGUGGGCACCUUUGUGACUUUCCACACCCUCUCCUCCAUAUUAAAUGUUUGUAUAACCCUUUAUUUUAAUCCCAAUUGGUGGCUGGUGAACACCAAUGCCCUGAUCUCCAUGUGUUUUCCCACCGUCAGCCCCUUUCUUCUCAUGAUCCAUAACUUCAUUCUAUCCAGGCUCUGCUCCUAA